AUGCAGGCAAUCAGGCCAAAACCGUCCGAGUGGCUGCCAGCUCCCACCAACCCUCUCCCGCCCACCAACCCUUUCCCGCCGCCCUCGCCGCCCAACGACUCUCUCUUGCCGCCCUCGCCAUCCACCGACUCCCCCGCCGCCCACCAACCCUUUCCCGCCGCCCUCGCCGCCCACCGACUCUCCCGCCGCCCUCGCCGCCCUCGCCGCCCGCCCGGACGUUCUGCGCACAACGCACCUCUUCGCCAGAGUUUUUUUUCGGCCGCGGGGGAAAUGCGCGACACAAAAAUAAAUGGAAUUUGUACGUGGACCUCUGUGCCAGAGGGGACGAAAUGGAGGCAGGGGCCCGGCUCCGCGCGCUCUGUGAUCGGGCUAUUGACAGCGGAAUAUGAUACACGAGAAUAA